AUGGGCCUGUCGCUGCAGAGCCUAUGUCUCUCUCUCUUGAUUAUCCUUGCCAUAUCUGGCCAGGCCUAUGGCUUCGGUGCGGGCAACAUUGCCACCCUCUCCAAAAUUGAGGGGCAGAACUGGCGCCACGGCGAUAUCGAAGAUACCCUGUUGACCCUCUUCCUGGCCCGCGUCGCUGGCGGACGCAAGUUCAGCAAGCUCGAUGUCAAGCGCGUAUACUUUGGCAACUGGCUACGUGACUACAGUCAGGCGGUUGAUGUCGGCACCGUCAAGCACGUCAGUGCCGAGGCAAUUCGUAUUCUCAUCUGGGUCCUGGGCUUCAUGAGCUUUGGCUAUGGCACUCGCGAAUUCGAGGUCACCGCCGAGCGCCUGGGGUGCUAUCAGCCCACCGAGCAUAUCGACAACCCGCUGGGCUAUGCAGAGGGUGAUGAUGCACGCCGCUACGACCGCCGUCUCCGUGGACCGGUCGACGAGCAGCGUGAGCUGUCCAUUGACACGCGGACUGGCCUGAAAAACUACAUCGCCUCGGAAGACGUCGGCAUUGACACCUCGGCGGCUCUCAUCCGCCGUGUUCUGGGCCGCUCCAUCGAACUGGGCCGUCGCUACGGCCGAUCUCGCAACGACGAUGACCUGCACGAGGCCCUGCGACUUCUGGGCACUGGCCUGCAUUGUCUAGAGGACUACGCUGCUCACUCGAACUACACGGAGCUGAGUCUGAUCGAGCUCGGCGAGAGGGAUGUCUUCCCCCACGUAGGCCGCAAUACCAAGGUCCAGAUCCGUGGAGCUCGCGAGGAGGUCUAUCCCAUUGUGACGGGCACUUUUGGUGGCGUCGACUUCUUCCACUCGGUGCUGGGAGAGUUCUCCGACAAGACCAAGCAGUCGGAGCUCCAAUCCUUGGAGGGUGUCAUCUCGGAGUCCGAGAACGAUGGGCCCUCAAAUAGCAUGCUGCAGGAUUUGCUGAGCAAAAUCCCCAGUGGACUAAUUGGCAGCAGCAGUGACCAGGCGGGCAAGAUGGACGACUUCAAGGCCAAGGCGGACGAUGCUCGCCAGAACGGCCAGAACAUUAGCCCCCGCCAGCCGGAGGAGUGGACCCGCUACCUGGAAAAUGUCCAGAAGCAGAUCUACCCCGUCCUCGAGUGGCACGACGAGCUGCUGAAGAGCAUCAACGAGGCCAUUGAGACGAUCCCCGUGCUCCCCGACCUGAUCGAGCAGGUUCAGGACGAGAUCACUGUCUUUGUGUUCUCAGUGCUCGCUCCAUACAUCCUGCCCAUCAUCCAGCAGGCCAAGUCGGAGCUUGAGACGGGCUCUUCGGAAGUGAUCCAGUCCAGCCGGCAACAGCAGCACAUUGUAUUCAACGACGACAACGCAUCGAACCCCACACACUCGAUGCUGUCCAAGGACCACUUCUCGAACAUUCUCAACGAGCCAGCGGGGCAGAUUGCGUCGCAGGUGGUCAAGUGGACGGUCCCGCAGCUGAUGCAGUGCUGGGACGACGAGAACAUCGACAUCGACCGUACCCUGAACAGAAUCAUCUCUGGAGUGUUCCAUCACCCUGCGCUGCACAGAUAUGGCGACGAUGGCGCGGCUGACAUGCGUGGAAUCAUGUUCUCCACCGUGGAGCAUUGGUGGGGUGCAAAGAGCGAAGGAGAGCGUGAGGGUCUUCGCGACCAGUUGAGCCGCAAUGGUGUUCGUGAGGGCCGAAACCACAAGGAGGGCGUUCAGGACUGCGGCCAUGGAUGCGGUAAGCCUCUCGCUCUGCCGAAGAAACACGGCAAGAGUGGCGGCGGUGGCGGUGACGGUGGAGGUUACCACCAGCCCAGCGGCAAUGGACUCGAAAACCUUGCUUCUCAGGCCGUGGGCGGAGGCGCCCUUGGUGGUCUCGUCGGCGGCCUCGUAAGUAGCGUGGGCUCGAUGGUCCUGGAGGAUGGCGGCUCCGACGGCCGCAGCGGCCCGAAGAGACAGAAGAGUCCCAAGAGAGAAAAGAGCCCGAAGCGCCGGGAAAGCCCCCAACGGCAGAAGAGCCCUAAGCCACGCAGCCACUGUCGUGACGAUGAAGAGCACGAGCAUCGUCACCGGCCCCAUGAGCGCCGCGAAGAGUACGAAACCCCGUCAUCUGGCCAUGCGCCGCCGCCCCCUCGGGCAGGAUACGAGCAUCAGAGCGAGUCUACGUACAGCGAACGCCCUGCGCUUCGCAAUGACUAUGGUCGCGAUGAGUACCGCAGCGACUACUCCCGCAAUGACUACCCCCAACAGGAGUCUAGUAGCUCGACCGCAUACAGCGAGCCGCCCGCCCUCCGUAAUGAUGACUAUGCCCGUGAGGAAUAUCGCAGCGACUACUCUCGCAACGACUACCCUCCCAACCCUCCUCCGGUCCAGAGCUACCGACGCGAGGAGUAUCGGGAGUCCCAGCAGGACAAUGGAGGUUACUACCAGCAAGAGAGCCGGCAAACCUAUGAGUCCGGCCGAACCGAGUACCAGCGGACCGAGACGCGCUACGACUAUGGAGCACCCCAGUCGACCUACGAGACUGUGCAGCAGAGCAGCUUCGGCGGCGGAAGAGUUGAACAAGAGUACUCGUCCGGCUAUGGAGCACCGCCGCGCGGAGGAUACGAGGGGGGAUAUGAGCGACCGAGCUAUCAGCCGCGCGAGGAGAACUGUGGCCAGAGCUUCGGCGGCAGCGGCAGCGUUGACAUCGUCGAGCGCCGGCCUCACCAUGAGCGACGCUCCAGCGGCGGGUCUGGGUCCGGCAGUGGCAGCGAUGACGAGCGGCGUCGCCGCCGACACCAUCACCACCGGCGCCGCUCAGGUUCAGGUUCGGAUUAG